AUGGAUCUUACUCAAAGGGCAAGUCCCACCAGUAUUGUACGCAACGGCUUGGUCACGAGAGGAACAUUGGAUCAGAAAUGCCCCAAUGUGCUGGAUCAUGGAGUUGGUCGACAUUCAACCAGUCAGGCGACACCCAUUCGAUGCGAGUCCUUGCAUGUUCAUGGCACUCGCGGAGCCCUUUUUAAAGUGACUCUGUUGUCUCAUGGGUAUACUUUCGUUGGCAAAGGUGCGCCUAUCGACUUUGUCGAACACGCUUACCACGAGGGGUGCGUGUAUUCACAUCUUCGUCCAAUACAGGGGGUGCACGUGCCAGUUCUACUGGGUGGCCUAUCUCUCCGCCAGCCAUUCUCUUAUGGCGGCAUCGCGGGGAUUACCUCGCUACAUGCUAUCCACGGAUUAGGCGUGCUCCACAAUGAUCCAAUCCCCGGGAACAUGAUCUGGAACGAGGACAGUGGUCGAGUAAUGUGCAUUGACUUUGAGCGGGCGCAGUUCCAAGACAAACGAGCUCCGCUGGAAUUAAUGUCGCCAAAUAAAAAACGCCAGCAAGUAACCCAGACAUGGGAAAAUACUCCUAACAAGCGCCCUAGUUGCUUUGAGCGUGAAACUCGGCGCAUGAGGCAUGCCAUACUAUGGUGA